UUUUAACCUCAACUUUAUGUUGUUUCAAGAAGAAAAAAAGGUUAGGAGUAUAUAUUUUUACAGAUAAGAAGCUUUAAAAAUUGAAAAAAUAUUGGAGAAAGAGAGAAAGAAAAAAGAGUGCUGCUGAGUUGUUAGGUGAUGUUAUAAUGGGGACAAGAUAUGAAAAUGUCUAUUUCUUUAAUUAGUUAAAAUUGCUGUUCUCAGCAUCAUCAUCAUAUUUUCUCUGGCUUCUCAUCCUUAUCUUCCAUAUACAUCCUCUCUAUUUUUUCUUCCAAACUCCAGUAUCAAGUGCAAAAAAAAUCAAGGAAAUAAGGGAAGCAACUUGAUUUUGUUUUGUGUAGAAGUUGAUCAUCAUAGCCAUGGCAUUUGCAGGAACAACUCAAAAGUGCAUGGCUUGUGACAAGACUGUCUAUCUGGUUGACAAAUUAACUGCAGAUAACAGAAUCUAUCACAAAGCUUGUUUCAGAUGCCAUCACUGCAAGGGCACCCUCAAGCUUGGCAACUACAACUCCUUUGAAGGAGUUCUUUACUGCAGACCACACUUUGAUCAGCUCUUCAAACAAACUGGCAGUUUGGACAAAAGCUUUGAAGGGACACCAAAAAUUGUGAAACCACAGAAACACAUUGACAAUGAGAGACCACAGGUAGCUAAAGUGACAAGCAUGUUUGGUGGAACGAGGGAGAAAUGUUUUGGCUGCAAGAACACUGUCUACCCAACCGAAAAGGUAUCAGUUAAUGGUACACCAUACCACAAGAGCUGCUUCAAAUGUAGCCAUGGAGGUUGUGUGAUUAGCCCUUCCAACUAUAUUGCCCAUGAAGGGCGUCUUUACUGUAAGCAUCACCACAUUCAACUUAUCAAGGAGAAAGGCAACUUAAGCAAGCUUGAGGGUGACCACGAGAUGAAUCCCGCGAUGACAACAGAAGUUACUGCAGAAUCAUAAACAGACGAAACAACUGAUCGUGUCUUAGCUUUCCGCUAUCAUGUCUACCUGUCUCCUAUAUUCAAGAAUCUGAACGUGCUAAGCAUUAUUUCAUUGAGGUCUUCAGCAGCAUCCGUUAAUGUGCUUCCAUUCCGCAGCCUGUGUUUUCUCGCAUCUUGCAUUUAUUUGAUGCUGAAUUGUAAUCUGCUUCUGUGUGAAGAUUUUGACCUUUUUUUAUUGUGCUUCACUUGUGUUGUGUGGAUGUUAAAUGAGAUUGCAUAUAGCACGAUUUUUCUGUCCA